CCUAAACAAUUCUAAGGUUUGAGGUCUGAGGUAAAAACUUGUGAUUACUUCGUGAACAUUCAUAUUGAUCUUUCUUUUACAAUUCAUUCGCUUCAUUCUAUAUCUUGUCUUUUGAUUGUACAUAAUAGAUACAAUUCUGUCCUUCUUGAACAAGAAUAAGAUAUGAUACGAUCAAAAGCUCUCACGCGGGGUAGAUGCGGUUACUCCAGUACGAGGUCUUUGAAGUAUUUUGUGAAAAAUGGUGUGUAUGAGGAUAGAUAUAGUCAAACAAUUCAAAAUUUGAAGAUUGGAAGUCAUACGAGAGUUAUCUUUCAAGGUUUUACAGGUAUGGUGAUUGGAUUGUCGGUUUUUUUAACAUGCAUCAUAGCUGUCCAUGACUGACUGACCUGGUACAGGUAAACAGGUGAAGUUCCUGAAGUUAACAUCAUCAAUCAUCAUCCACUGAUUUUAUCUUUCAUCAAGGCUACAGCAAAUGCAAAAGAAUCAAUAGAAUGGGGAACUAAUAUAGUUGGUGGUGUGACGCCCGGGAAGAACGGAGAACACCUGGGAUUACCGGUACUACCUACUGUAAAAGAGGUAAGUAUAUCAUGACUAUGAUGAAUAUGACAUUCAAACUAAUAUCUAAAAUCAGGCAAUGGAGCAAUUAAAACCAGAUGCAACUGGAAUAUAUGUAGCAGCCCAUCAAGCACCAGCCGCCAUUGAGGAGGCAAUUGAAGCAGAAGUUCCUCUGAUUGUAGCCGUCGCUGAACACAUUCCUCUUCAUGAUAUGUUAAGAGUAUGAUCAUAUGACUUUCCACUCAAACAGAACUGACAUACUCAAGAUACAUAAUAUACUAGACACUCAAUCAAAAAGUCGAUUGGUUGGUGCAAAUACUCCUGGUAUUAUAUCAGCAAUUGGAAAAUGUCGAAUUGGCUUCCAACCACUUCCUUGCUUCACACCUGGUCGUAUAGGUAUUGUUGCCAAAUCAGGAACUUUAAGCUAUGAAGGUAAGAUCUUAGGCUGAAGGUCCUGAAAAUUACUAACGAUUUAGCCGUCGCUUCAACAACUAGGGCUGGACUUGGUCAAAGUCUCUGUAUUGGAAUGGGUGGGGAUAUUUUGGCUGGUACUGAUUUUGUUGAUGCUUUGAAGAUUUUUGAACAUGAUGAUGAUACUGAAGGUAUUAUUAUCAUUGGUGAGAUUGGUGGUGAAGCGGAACUUAAGGCUGCAGCUUGGAUUGAGGAGUAUAGGAAGCGCUCGUUAAAUCCCAAGUAAGAUUCCUAAAGACCAUCUUAGAUUCUACUAAUCUUUUAUAGACCUAUCGCGGCACUGGUAGUUGGUAAUCAUGCUGUGCCUGGUAAGGUUAUGGGUCAUGCUGGAGCUUUCACUUUACCCGGGGAACCAGAUGUAUUAACAAAGAUCAAGGCUUUUGAGAAUGUAGGAGUUACCAUGGUUAAUCAUCCAGCUAAAUUUGGCAAUGCUAUGAAGACCUUGUUGGGGGAUUCAGGACGAUCAAGCAACGGCCUGGCUACAAGUAGUGUUUCUCAAAAGCGAAACAUGCAUACAAUGAGGAUACGAUCAACAUCAAGAACUUCAACUAUAAACAUGGUGCAGAAAAGAACCAUUUACCUCAAAGAGGAAGAUGCCUUUAAAUUACUCGACCAAAAAGGAAUUUCCCGAAGACAAGAUCCUUCAAAAAAAGAUCCUUCAAAAAAAGAUCCAGUUCACCACCACCUUACUAUUGGUAUUGAUCGAAGUAACCGCUGUCCGCAAUUUAUAUUACAGGAACUGGUCAAGAAGAAUGAAAUCCCUUCCAAACCGAUAAAGAUUCCCUUUCAAUACGACCUAGGUAUCACGAUUGGCCUCAGACAAAAGUGCGCCACUCAUCUCCAAUUGGUAUCUCAACAUAAAUUGUUGCAUCCAAUUAUCGCUGGUCUAUUUGAACUCUUCAAAGGAAAAGAAGCCUUUCUUCUUGAAACCACCAUAAGAAGAGGAUCCCCAUGGAGAACAAAAUCUCAGCGCAGACUAUCAAUUGAACACGCAAAUUUCGGUUUCGACGAUGCCGCCUUCAAAAGCGCAAAUCGUCACUCUGAAAUUCAUUCCCUCCCUCAGGCAGAUAUCCAAGAUCCUGCUGAAACAGAAGCCCAAAAACAUGGUAUAGUAUACAUCAAACUCGCAGGCGAUGGCAAUAUCGGAACACUAGUCAAUGGUGCAGGAUUAGCUAUGAAUACUGUAGAUGCAUUAGCGGAUGCAGGAGGUAAAGCUGCGAAUUUCUUGGACACUGGGGGAAAAGCGACGGCGGAAACGGUGAAGAAGAGUUUCAAGGUUAUUUUGGGGGAUGAGAGGGUAAAAGUGGUUUUUGUUAAUAUUUUUGGAGGCUUGACUUUAGGAGAUAUGAUUGCUGAGGGGAUACUCUUGGCGUUUAGGGAGUUGGGGGUGGAGGUUCCUGUGGUGGUUAGGAUUAGGGGGACGAAUGAGAAGGAGGGGCAGAGGAUUGUAAGUUUGAAUAUUUUUUUUUGGUUUCUUUUUUGGCUCGUGAUUGUGAUCGUUCUAUGGUUCCUAGGAAGGGCCGUGUAGAGAAGGAGAAAGAGAGGAAGAAGAAGAGCGGAGAGGUACAUGACGUGCUAACUGACAUUUCCUUAACAUUAUAGAUUGCCGAAAGUGGAUUACCACUAUACGCAUAUGAUGAUUUUGACGAAGCCGCAGCAAAGGUGAUAGAAUUAGCAAAUUCAAGCGACUCUUAGAACUGCCCAGUCUUUUUACUUCGACUUUUAAAUAGAAACAAAUUAAACUCCCAUCACGAAAAUUGCAAAUCGAACUUUAGUGUCCGAGUAUUGAUGACAAGAGGCGCAGGAUUUGUAAGAACUCAGCGCGCUAGAUAGUUCCACGUCUUUCUGUGGUUGUGCUGGUGAUUAGAAUGCGAGUGGUAUAUAAUUACGGUGUUUUGGAAUUUUGAAGUUGGUUUUAGGAUGAAGGUUGGAAGCCAAAAAUCGGGAUACACAGGAUUAGAUGGAUUUGAAAAGUGGUUGGGAUAUGAGUAUAGG